GUUCGGGAACUAUUCAACACAGCAUUUCAUUUCGCAAAAGAUGAUGAGUAUAUGCUUCAUGUCACUGUGUCGAGCAAAGCCAUAUCGUCCUUUACGCAAGGACUGGGCACGGGCACUGACCCUCUCGAAUUGCACUGGGAUAUGAUGACCACACACAACUCCAAGUGGAACCAAAGAGUAAUUGAUAUUUUGUGUUCUCAGUAUACUUGCAUGUUUGAGAUGAACCAAUUGGCCUCAAGAUCUCCUCAGUCCAUCAAAAACGAUAUCACAAAGAAAUUCAAUCAAUGCCACAGUUCCUGGAGAAAAGCCCAGCCUUGUGUGCUUAACGAUGGCACUCAUGAGACUAUGCAAGCAGUAGGAGACCAACUCAUGGAUCAGACCAACGAGCGAUUGCGGGUCACAAGGGUCCUCACUCGCAGGGUGACAAAGUUCGAAACUCGUAAGAAAGUCACGUCGGCCCUGCUAAGUGACAGGAUAGCGACCGGAAAGGAUGACCAGGCUGUGUGGGCAUAUCUACAAUCCCUUGUGGAGACUCUC